GUGAUGUCAUGCAGCAGCUGCCGUGUGGUGCUGAUGCUGCGGAUGCUGCUGCACAUCUUCAGCAACAUCCAACUGACGCACGGGACCACUAUUCCCUGAACGCAGUCUGGCUGACGUCACCAAGUCUUCCUCAGCAGCCACGCCAUGACGUCAGCAGCCCAUAGAGAGAAGUUGCGAGAGCUCCCCCUAGUGUCGCUUCUCUGCUCCUGCAUCCUCCAGAAGCCACCCGACGACAUGUCUGCCAAAAAGCAAGGUGUGGUGGACUUAAACCUGGGCGACAUCCGCCACAUGGAGGUCAUGGAGUUGAACAAACGUGCGAGCGGCCACGCCUUCCAGGUCAUCCUGAAGCCGCCCACCUUGAACGGCGAGCCGAAGGCGACCACGCCCCCUCGUCACAAAGCCUCGCUGGAAGAGAUCCAACAGAAACUGGAGGCCGCCCACGAGAGGAGAAAGUGUCAGGAGGCGGAGCUUCUGAAGCACCUGGCAGAGAGAAGGCAACACGAGCGCGACGUCGCUCUCAAAGCUCUCAGCCGAGAACGUCACCUAGACAUGAAGCUGCAGGAGGUGAGGUGAUGUCUGACGUCCAGGUGACGUCACGUCAACCCGAGAUGGACUUCAUCGGCUCGUCGAUCUUCUUCAACGUCCGGUCUCAAAUGUGACUUCGAAAGGAGCACGAGGCUCUGGGAGCACGACAGAUCUAUGACAGAUCACAUGACGACAUUGUUCAGCUUUGUUUCCACGGCAACGCUUUUCUGUCAGGGUGGACAGGUGUUGGGACAUGAAAACUCUUCGAGACAGCAAAGACUUUUCCUUCUGUGUAGAAAUAAAGACGUCAAAUUGUU